CUUCUUGUUAUAUUCGAGAAUCUAAUAUUUCUACUACAUUAGCUAUAGAAAAACUAGCAGAAACAGCUUUGUGGAUAAGUGUAUUUAUUAACUCAACAUGUUGUAUUAACUAUAUACCAACUGUAAAUAUUUGGCCUGUAAAAGCACAUGCCCAAGAAUAG